AUGGGAGCCACCCGCCUGCUGCCCAACCUCACUCUGUGCCUGCAGCUACUGAUUCUCUGCUGUCAAACUCAGGGGGAGAAUCACCCGUCUCCUAAUUUUAACCAGUACGUGAGGGACCAGGGCGCCAUGACCGACCAGCUGAGCCGGCGGCAGAUCCGCGAGUACCAGCUCUACAGCCGGACCAGUGGCAAGCACGUGCAGGUCACCGGGCGUCGCAUCUCUGCCACCGCGGAGGACGGCAACAAGUUCGCCAAACUCAUAGUGGAGACAGACACCUUUGGAAGCCGCGUGCGCAUCAAGGGUGCUGAGAGUGAGAAAUACAUCUGCAUGAACAAGAGGGGCAAGCUCAUCGGAAAGCCCAGCGGGAAGAGCAAAGACUGUGUGUUCACGGAGAUUGUGCUGGAGAACAACUACACGGCCUUCCAGAAUGCCCGGCACGAGGGAUGGUUCAUGGCCUUCACGAGGCAGGGUCGGCCCCGCCAGGCUUCUCGCAGCCGCCAGAACCAACGAGAGGCUCACUUCAUCAAGCGCCUCUACCAGGGCCAGCUGCCCUUCCCCAACCACGCCGAGAGGCAGAAGCAGUUCGAGUUCGUGGGCUCAGCCCCCACCCGCCGGACCAAGCGCACACGCAGGCCACAGCCCCUGACGUAGUGGGGGACACUGGGGGCAGCUGCCCCUCACCAGCCUUCCCAUCCCCUUCCCUUCCUGAUCCCAAGACUGGGCUGGGGUGGAGGGAGGGGAAC